CACCCUCAGCUUCUACCGAAGGACCACGAGAGUCAACAAGAUGAAGGUUCUGCUGUUCGGUCUUGUCCUUGGUCUGCUUGCUGUCAGUCAAGGUGAAGCUGAGAUAGACGCCUCACAGUUCACAGGAAGAUGGUUAACCCAUUACAUCGCAGCUGAAAACAUAGACAGAAUCACCGAGGGUGGGCCAUUCCAUAUUUUCACGCGUUACAUUGAGUUUGAUGAAGAAAAUGGCACGGUACACUUCCACUUUUAUAUCAAGAAGAAUGGAGAAUGCAUAGAAAAAUAUGUCUCAGGCAUAAAGAAAGAAACCCAUUAUGCUGUUGACUAUGCGGGUCACAAUGAAUUUAGCAUCAUUAAUGGGGGCGAGAACGCUCUCGUAACAUAUAAUCUCAACGUGGAUGGACAUGGCAAGGAGACAAAAAUGGUGGGAUUAUUUGGCAAAGGAGAUGAUGUUGAUUCGCAAUGGGAAGAGGAGUUCAAAAACGCGGUGACAGAAAAUGGGAUUCCAGAAGAAAAUAUCCUGAAUUUCAUCCAUAAUGAUAACUGUCCAGACGAGUGAAAAGACGUGACUCUGACACUUUUAAAGAGUCACAGAGACCAGACACAUCCUCAUCUCCAUGGACUCAAGAUCAACAACAUGAAGACAACUUUCCUGGUUCCUGAUUAACAUGAUCCUGCUCUCUUCACACUCACACUCCUUAUCCCAUCUCAUCUCUCCCAGUCACCAAAUCAUGUCCUGGUUGGUGUUAUUUGAUUGCUAAGGGCUUAAAUAAAUCAAUUUAAUAUCUGCCCUGCA